AUGAGCUGCUGUGGCGGAGGGCGAGACCGGCCGCUUUCUGCUUGGUGGGCUCGGGAAGAGCAACGAAACGGUGCAGAAGCAGCACGUGAAGCCAGAAGGCUGGAAUUAGAAAGAAAACUGGUAGAAUACAGAAAAUCUGAUGCAUACCUAAUGAAGCUAAAAUAUAUGAAGCUGAAAAAAUCCUUGAAAGAAGUGGAUGAACGACAAAAAGCAGCUCUUCUGCGAAACCAGACCUUUUUAAAGGAGUUUGACCGACUUGAAGCUCAUAUGAGAACCUCAGGUUCAGGGAUGAUUCAGAAGAUGGAAGCAUGGUACGGCAGGGAAAUUAGAAGUGCGGUGUCACUUCAAGAGGAUAACCUGUCAGCAGAAGGUGACAAGGAAGAAGAACACAAGGAGCAGAUGGCAUGGCUUGGGAGACAGGCAAGAAUUAGCACCGGGGCAGCUGUACUAAGAGAACUGUAUCAUCCAGCAACAGUCUUCAUGGGCUACCACACAUCAGCUGUCUCAGCCACUGGAGAUUUGAGCAUUUGGCAAAAGCCCCCCCAGCCCACAGAGAGCAGUGUGGCACCCGGCCUGCCUUCGUGCUGUCCCUCGCUUGGAGGACUUGGUCCAGAGAGCAGAAGUGCUGAUUUAGAGAGUCAUGCAUCAGUGGAGGGAGCAGCAGGAUGUGAGGACCUGGCAGCCAGUGAGGAAGGCUCCAAGCAUCUCACUUCUUCAGCCUCUGAUCCUGAACUGGCCACCCCCGAGAAGGAACAACGGCGGGGAAGCAUCCCAGCACCAGACCCUCACCUCAGUGAUCAGUGGGCUUGUAAGGAGGCGAGCGGGGAGAGCAGUGUUGAGGUCCCAGUCCCUGCAAGUGCCGAAGAGGUGAUGGUGAGUGUUGCUGAUGUGCCACAGGGAACAGCCUCUCCAGGAGCCAGCUGGGAUGCCCAUGCUGUGGAGGGCUCCUCAAUGGAACCACCAAAUCCCUUUGCAGCACAGGAGAAGCCCUCGGUCAGCUCAGCACCAGACAGGCACUGUGGGAUGCUGGUGGGACUGUCCCAGGCACUUCAUUUGAUAGAAGAUGUGGCGGGGAGGACAAGCCCUGAGCACCGGGUACUUUACCAGCACGUGGGGACAGUGGGGACAGCCGAGCUGCUCAGCUUUUGUAAUCGGGCUGGCAGUCUGAAAGAUGAUGACCUUGAAGAAUGCGAAGCAGUCGUCCUUCAUCAGCUUCAGGCUUUAUUACAGAGCACUCUGGGUACAUGCCUCCUACCUGAGGAAACACUUGAUGUGGAAGGUAGAGUGGAGGAUGAAAAGCAAACCAGGCCAGACCAGCAGUGGGAUGUGGAAAUGCUGCGGACUUGCUUGAGCAACCAUGCCUCCUUCUUGAAAAGUCACCAGGUUCAGCUCACGGAAGAAGUGGCAGAGAUGUUUGAAAACCUGCUGGUUUCCAGCAGCAAGGCACAGGACGGGCAGGCUUCAUCGUUGUUGAGAGAGGUCCUUCCAGAAGAGUGUGAGGAUAGGUCAUCUAUCCAGAGUAAUGAAUCAUCCUGCAGCUUGCCAUUGAUCCCCAAUGACAGCAGGGGAGUAACUCGGGAAACACAUGCUCCCCGGCUCGAAGGUGCAGGAGAACAAGAAGUCACAAACUGGUGUGAAGAUGAGAGCAAGGAAGAAAGCGCGGUCGAAAAGAUUCUUAUUACAGGUUUGGAUAUUGGCAAUGAUGGUUCCAAAGCAAAAGAAAACCAAGAAAUGCAAUUGGAAAGUAGUUCUUCAUCGAAUGAAAGUCUUCCCUUCUCAAGGACUGAAACUAGGAAGGGAGUGGUGGCUGCUAUAAAAUCCAAAGCUUUCUGGGGUGAAUCUGAUGACAGCAGCUCUGAGAUCGAGGCUGCUUUGCGCCCACAAACUCACAGCACAGAAGAAGAUGAUUUUGAUGACUUCUAUGAUUAA